CGCAAGAGCCAAUCCUCUAGCUUCUUCCACUUCCUGCUAAAUUAUAAUUUUUCACAGACGUGUGAAAGUAGGCAUUGCAAUGUCUCAGAAGAGGCUUGAAGACAAGGUGGCGAUUAUAACGGGUGGCGCCAGUGGGAUUGGAGCAAGUGCUGUUCAUGUUUUCCAUGAAAAUGGUGCCAAAGUUGUCAUUGCUGAUAUCCAAGAUAGCCAAGGCCAAACCAUAGCCGGCAAGCUCGGUGAAAACGUUUGCUUCAUCCAUUGCGAUGUAUCGAAUGAAGACGACAUCCGCAAUCUCAUCGACACCACCAUCACCAAACAUGGAAAACUCGACAUUAUGUACAACAAUGCAGGCAUCAUGGACCACCCAACAAUCGGAGGGAUUUUGGAUGCUAAAAAAUCUGACCUGGAAAAGAUGUUUGAAGUCAACCUGAUUGGUGCUUUCCUUGGAGCCAAGCAUGCAGCAAGGGUAAUGAUACCCCAACGUAAAGGCUGUAUUCUCUUCACCGCCAGUGCUUGCACUUCGAUUGCAGGGCUUGCGUCCCACAGUUACGCAGCAACCAAGUAUGGAAUUCUGGGACUGGCUAAGAACUUGACGCCUGAUUUGGGACAAUACGGAAUAAGAGUAAAUUGUAUAUCGCCUUACGGCGUCGUAACGAGCUUUCCGGGGAUUACUGUAGAACAGAGAUCGAUUGUAGAACUGAAAUUGAGCAAUAUGGGAAAUCUAAAGGGUGAAAUUCUCAAGCCAGAAUGUGUAGCCAAGGCCGCUCUAUACCUGGCCAGUGACGAAGCAAAUUAUGUGAGUGGACUCAAUCUCCUGGUCGAUGGAGGGUACAGUGUGGUGAAUCCAACCAUGUUCAAGUUUCCUAACCUUGUUAAUUAA